UUCUGCGCCUGCGCACCACGCCUGCGCUCUGCAAACGCGGUGGUGGCAGUACCUCUGAGCUAAGGUCUCCUCUUCGCUGAUGGGCUCUGCUCCAGCGGUAUAGCUCCAUGAAUAACUUAAACGACCCCCCAAAUUGGAACAUCCGGCCCAAUUCUAGGGCUGAUGGGGGCGAUGGAAGCAAGUGGAAUUAUGCCCUGUUGGUGCCAAUGCUGGGAUUGGCAGCAUUUCGUUGGAUUUGGUCUAGGGAAUCCCAAAAAGAAAUAGAAAAAGCAAGAGAAGCAUAUCAUCAGAGAACAACUGCUUUCCAACAGGAUCUUGAAGCUAAAUACCAUGCUGUGAUAUCAGAACAUCGGCGAGCUGUUGCUCAGCUAUCUUUGGAACUGGAAAAGGAGCAAAAUAGAACAACUAGUUUUCGAGAAGCCCUUAUCUCUCAGGGGCGUAAGUUGGCAGAAGAAAGGAAGCUUCUUGAACAGGAACGAGCUCAGAUAAUGCAAGAAAAAAGCCAGCUGCAGCCUCUGAGAAGUGUGUAUCUGAGGUGCCUGGAAGAAGAGGACAACUGGCAGAGGAGAGCCCAGCUUGUGCUGAAGGAGGUGGGAGAAGCUCUCGUGGAACGCCAGAAUAUCUACUGCAGCCUGAUCCUUCCCCGUAGUACAAGGCUAGACCUGGAGAAGAACUUACUGGUGCGUUCGUCUGUUGAUCCAGUGGCUGCUGACCUAGACAUGGCAGCUGGCUUAUCUGACAUAUUUAAGCAUGAUAAGCAUUGUGGAGAUGUCUGGAACACCAACAAGCGCCAAAAUGGGAGACUCAUGUGGGUGUAUCUCAAAUAUUGGGAGCUACUUGUUGAACUUAAAAAGUUUAAGAAAGUAGAGAAAGUCAUACUAGAAAAAUAAGAGGGAUUGGAGAAAUGGCUCAGUGGAUAAGAGCACUUACUGCUCUUCCAGGAGACCUGGGUUAAUUCCAAGCACCCACAUGGCAGCUCACAACUGUCUGUAACUCCAAGAUCUGACACCCUCACACAGACAUACAUGCAGGUAAAACACCAAUGCACAUAAAAUAAAAAUAAAUAAAUGAAUUGAAAUAAUAAGAACGAAAUGAAAUGUAAGACCAGAUGGGGUCAUUCACCAUAGCAGUUUGAAUUCUGGGUUCUCUGAUAUGUAAUUUUCCUUUGCCACCACACGUGACCCAGUGCAGCUACCUUUGCGAGAACUCGUCUUUCCACCCUUUGAGCAGUGCAGUAGGAUCUUAGCAGACAAGUUUUUUCUCUAAUGCUCUGCAAUUAUUAGAGAUUCAGUGUUUCUGAAGCAUUUUUGAGCUGCUAAUAUUUAGCAGAACAAGUGCAACCUUUUAUUUUAGUUCUAGGAUAAAGAAAAAAAUUUAAAACUCAAAUAUACUAUUUUUACUCUAAGAAAUGUUCCGUCAAUUUUUUACCUCUCCUCCAAUUACUGUUCUCCCUUCCCUGAUUCCAUCUUAUUGGGUAAUGAUUCCAUCCAGGUUAUUGGGUAAUGUAGUUAUAUUACCAAGAUUUAUCUUGUUUGGAACAUUUUUUCACCCACAAAGGAAAAAACACCAAAUUUUACUUAUGCCCAGCUGGUGCCACAGUGUAUACUUAGAAUUGAGCUGUUCUUAUAUUCAAUAAGCAUGUUUAUUAGCAAUGAUAUGCAGUCAAUAAUAUUUGUCAUUUAAAAAUAAUAGUAUCACUUUUUAUUUGUGUGACUCUUUACUGUUCUUUUGAGACAGUAUUGCUGCAUAGUCCAGGUAAGCCUCAUACAUGCAAUCCUCCUGCCUCAGGUCCCCAAGUGCUGGGAUUACAAAUGUGUAUCACUAUUCUUGGAUUGAUAAUUUCACAUGUAUUGUCUCAGUUUUUAACGUUAUUUUAAAAGUAUUUAUAACUUACUUACAUACAUCUUAUAUGAAUUGAUCCUUUGUACAUAACUCAUGUAAUCCUUACUCUGGUUUUAUGAGCUAAGUACUAUUAUUUAUCUUGUAAAUGGUAAUUUCCCAAGAUACCCAGGUUUUAUGACUUGCCAUGGUUUUCUAAAAGUAUACCUGUGGUUGCCCUCAGGGCUUGGAUUUGUUACAGUAAGAAAGAUAAAAUCAGCAGAGAAAAGGCAUAUAGAUGAAGUGUAGAGGGAACCAGGUGGAGCCCCCAAGGGUCACACUGUGGAAUCACAGAGAACAUUUUUUUAGUUUAGGGGCAGCUGUGAUGUAUGACAGGUUCCCAGGAAAGAUCACUGGUGACUAUCAAGAUUUGAUGGGGUGAGGACUAUUCAUGUAUCCUUUCUAUCUGAUAUAUAUCAGUUCCAUUCCCACAGGAAGGAAAAAGGGUAGAUAUCACUCAUGCUCUACAAGCAGUUUAGGUGUGGUGAGCUACUCACUAGUUACCAGUGCUGGGAACUCCCAGCAUCCAGGUUCCCAGACACAAGGCUGUUGUGUCUUGUGAGAGGAUGCCUUACUUUCUGGAGGACAGGAUCUGGAGCCAUGAUAGAGGGACAGUAAUCUGCCUAGGUCAUGGGUAGUAUUUUGUGGAGUGGGUCUGAGCUGGGUGUUUGAUUUCCAGAACUAGGAACCUAUAUGUGGUUAUUUGUCAGUGGCCAUGCAGGAAGUGAAUAAAGUGGGUAGUUUGUGUUCAGA